AAAAGAAGCAGCUGUUACCAGCAAAGUUUAGGUUAAAGUUUUUCGCCGGCUAGUAAAAAAAUACAUUUAAACAGAUUUACUAACUUUGUAUACAUUGGAAGUGGUCUAAGGAUGAUGGCAGACAAAUCUAUGAGUAACUGACGAGGAUCAAGAGUAAUGAACAUGCUUGCCAGUUAACGCCCAAGCAGUAUCUGAGGGCCUGUAGCUAUGGGCACACAGUUCACAAUCGAUGACGCGUUCGUCCUGGAGGGGGAGGAGGACGGUGUGGUGCCUGGAGAGGAUGUGGGGGACUGGAAGGGGAGAGAGAAGGAUGGCGGGGGAGAGAUGACGUUUGGACCUCUUUCUUUUGCCAAAACACAAACGUCUGGACCCACCGGCACUCCUGAACAUAGUAAUCUGAAAUAUCAGAACCUGGAAAAUGAAGAUGCCUUUGGUGGCACUGUCAACUCUUCUUUCAAUAACUUCUUCAAAAUCAGCGAUCCUGCUACUCUGUCCUACUGCAGCUCUCAGUGGUCAUUCAGCACGCUCAGCUCAGUCACACAGCUGUCUGCUCACUGCUGCGGGUGGACGUCUCACCCGCUGGUGAAGAAGAACAGACGAGUCGUUCUUGCCUCAUUCCUCCUCUUAAUCACUGGAGUUGCUUUGAUCUUUACAGGCAUUGUCAUACAGUUAAACCCUCACGCAGGAGUUUCAAGUGCAAUUUUCUUUGUUCCUGGAUUUCUUCUCUUCAUUCCUGGAGUCUAUCACGUGAUCUAUAUAAGCUGUGCAGUUCGGGGACGAAGAGGAUUCAAGUUCUUUUAUUUGCCGUACUUUGAGAAGUAAACCGUUUUUCUUCGAAUCAUCCAGACUGGUGGUCUGGAUUGCCCACCAUUUCAAACCCCUCUAAAAUGAAGUAAGGGGAUGACCUACUUUCACAAGCUCACUUACUUGUGGUUUUCUAAAAAAUUUCUUCUUUGUUUUGGUAAAAGCCAGUCUGUACACAGGUCUAAGUAUAACCUCUACAGAUAAAAAAACAAACAAACUGUGAUUUAGGAGUGUCAAGUGCAACAAUAUACAAUCAUCUGU